AUGAUAAGAAAAGGCAGCAGUGAUAUUUGUGCUCAGUUUGGGGAUCGAAGGACUGCGACAGACAAUUCAGUAAUAACAGUUCCGGGGAAAUUGGCGAGUUUCGAAUCAAAAGCACUCACUAAUCGAGAAGAUAAAAGUUUUGUUGAUGGGUGGAAGCAAACAUCGAAAGGAUUGAAGUCAGGGGCAAUUGAAGCAGAAGUUGAGAUGAUUUUAGCUGAUGCUUCCUAUCAGGUUGAAGAUUUAGUAGUUUCAGUUAACAAUGAGACUUCAUUUUCUGAGAAUUCUGCCAAGUUCUCUUCAAAAAAUAGUUGCAACGAAGUAGUGAUAGUAUGGGAUGAUGCCGAAACGCAAUCCAUGGAUUCCUUCAGUUGGGCAACGAAUCCAGAAGAUGCAAAAGAGAUGAAGGAUAUUUUUUUCGUUGAUGAGAGCUUCACUCCGUACACACUUUGUCAGAUGGUAGGAAUGCUAAAAAAUGGUGGUCUAAAAUUGGAAAAUCCAAAACUCUCUGCAACACCAAUGCAAACCAAGCGCAGUGGUGAAUUUAAAGAAACUAUAAGUCAGAGAGAAACUUGCGAAACUCAGUUUGCUGAUUACUGGAAUGGAGUCGAUGUUGAAAUUGAUAGAAAAUUUCAGGCAUAUUCAAAUUCAAUAGAAGAUAUAAACGAAAUAUUCGUAUGUGCCGAACCUGCUACACUAACCAGAAAUAGGAAUUCUAUAUCGGCGAGGCUAAAAAAUGCUUUUAGAACUAUACAUUUGCUAGAGGAAGGUAUUGAAGUGGAUGAAAUGCUAUAUGAUGUAGAUAUUCGAAACAAUGAGCAAAUGAUUACCGCAUCGAAUCCCUGGCCAAAUCUAGCGGAUCGGCUUUACCGUUAUUUGCGUAAUUUGCGACAUCGACGCAACACUGUUCGACUAAUUUUUCGUUAUUUGCUUGUCUUAUAUUUCAUUCUUCUACACGGGGCGUUUUUUCGGUGUUUCUCGUUUUAG